AUGCGUUUAUCAACAUUGUAUUUUAUUGUUGUUUCUCUAUUUAUUAUUUUACUAACAACAAAUGCUGAGAGUGAUGUCCGACAACGUUUUGAAGGUCUCAUUGGCAAAACUGUUCAAGCUGCAUGGCGUAAAAUUGAUCUCGAAGCACCAGGACGACCAAUAGAAAUAAUGCGAGAAAGUUCUCCACAAUCAAACAAACCAAUAACUCCUGGAUAUGUUCGUGUCAUACUUAGUGAUAAAACUGGUCGAGUACUUUAUACACCUAUUUUACAACCCAAUUAA